AUGAGUGGACAUGUAUCUUUCGGGCACCAAUGGUACAACAACAAACUUUGUUCCAAGGAUAAAAAAUAUCCAAACGAUGAUGAAUAUAAGCUUAUCAUUCAAUUUGAUAGGGAUAAAUUGUUUUAUUCCCCAAAGUACACAGGUGAAUUUCUAUUCCAGAAAUUUUAUUCGAAAAAUCUACCAAAGCCAGCAAGACCGCCCAAUGCCUUUUUUACCUUCAGAACCGUGCUCGGUUUGGUGGCGAAAGAUAUGUGUAUCUCUGUAGGCGAUGGAAUAACAUUUAGUAAAUUGGCCGGCUUUAUGUGGGGUGGUGCUAAUGACGACGAAAAAGAUAUAUACCAUUCAUUCUCUGACGAAAUUAAAAGAUUACAUGAUGCCAAGUAUCCCGAUUACAAAUACAAACCCGAACGAAGCAAUUCAGCUCGGUACAAUUUUUCAAAUAAAACUGCUAAAGAUUAUGAGCAAGUACAAAAUCAUACAUACACACCCUUGAUCGAAUUGAACAUUUUACAGCAAUCAACCUUCACCAUUCCAUCUAUUGCCGUAAAUUGUCCCCAAAUGGUGGAAUAUGAUCCAAACAUGUCUCAAUCCGUUUGUCCACCUGAAAGUCCAAUUAUAAAUACGGAUCCAUCUCCUCCUCCUCCUUCUCAUCAUAUGAUAGAGGGCGUCCAUAAUAUCAUGACUU